CCGCCCCACCUGCGAGGCGGGUAUGGCCCUGAGGCCCUGCCCUGGGAGCCCCCAGGCACUGUGGGCAUCCGUUUACCCAAGGCUGGUGCCCCUUUCGGGGAGGCCUGGCCCAGCCACUCCGCCAGGACCCGGGUGCGUAGACAGACGGUCAAGGUAUGGCAGGCACUCACACCUGGCGGAGAGCAAAGGCAAGGCCCUGCCUCUCCCUGCCCUAUCCCUGUGCACCAGGAAGUGGCCUGGCUAGGGACUCGCCCUGGUCUUGCAGCAGGUAUGGGACGCGCAGGGCACCCCGUGCACUUCUGGUGCGAGGAAGCUGGGAGAGCUGUGAGGUCGCUGGGCCUGGUGCCCUCCUCUGGAAAGAGGAGGGGAUAAGGCGCCUGUUUGGGGGUUGUAGAAGAGGGCUUGCUUGUCCCGAAGGCAGCAUCUGUCAAAGUUAAAAACGCACAAAGAGAAAGAAGAGCGACAGAGCCAGACACUGGGCCUGCUGCUGUCUAGCCGACUUCUUCCAGGGAAUUUCACUCAAGCUAUUUAGGGAGCUUUCAGAGAAAAGGCAGUUCCCUGGGAGGAGCAGAAAAGACACUGGUGGCAUCUUGGUUCUGAAUCUUUGUGCCGUGCCCUCUGGGUGGGGACACGGCCCAGCCCUCAUGAGGGAAGCUGCAUUCUGUGGUAGGGGCCCAGCUCAUUAGGCUUAUGAAUGAAUGAAUGAACGAAUGAAUGGGGAGAAAGUGGCACUUAGGGUGUCUUACCCCACGUUGCACCGAUUGCCAGCCGACGACUCUUAGCAUACUUGAGGCCUGUUUAGACAGAGCUACAGACCCCAAAGGCUGCAGAGCAAUGGGCGCCUCCUGGCAGAGGCCACCCGUAAGUGAUUUGCCCAGAGUGGGACUUCUGCUCCACAGGGGCCAGAGAGCUGCGAAACCAGUGGAGAACUUGAGCUCCACCUUCCUGCCCUGCCCUGCCCAUUUCUGUCCCUGGGGGCCUUGUCUAGCCCCAAAGCUUUAAACACCAUCCGUAUGGGAAUGACUCUAAACAGCACCACUCUGGGGCCCUCUCCUCCAAGCUCAGCUCCUGGCUGUCUCCUGCUGUCUCAUACCUGCCUCUUGCUCUUACUUAGUUUCUCUGCAGUCGUCCCUGUCCCUGCCUCCAUGUCCCACCUCCAGUCCACCUCCCAGAGGGCCCAAGUCCACUUCCCACCGGCUUCUCCAUGCAUCUUGCCCUUUCUUCUCACUGCCUGCACCCCUCCAAAGCCUGCAGUGGCUCCCCAGCUUUCGACCCACACUCCCAGAUGAUCCAUUCUUCACACUUGGUCCCAGGCACCUCACAAAGUGUAAACCGGGUCCUGCUAGCCCCCUGCUUAAAAGCCUCCAUGAAGAUUAAAACCCAAACUCCUGAGAGGCUCUGCCUGACUCCCCUGGCUGCUCUGAGCCUCUCACCCCUGCCCGCUGGGCUCCAACCACGGCUCCUUUCUCUCAGUGCCAGAGCCAAGCGCCUUCCUGCCUGGGGCUCCUCCAACCAGUGCACCCGGUUCCUUCUUACUGGUGGCUUCUGGAAGAUCGCCCUGCACCCAUCUCUUCUGCCACUCUCUUCCACAUCCUCCAUCACAGUUUGGAAUUACUUGUGGGUUUAUUUGCUCCUUUUGUGUCUGUCAUGCCCUGUUCCCCUACCCCCAGGGCUGUAAGCUCCAGCAGCCUAGGCUCUGUUGAUUUCCAUGGUUCUCAGACUCAAGCUCCUAAAGCAACCUCAGUAGCCGGGAGGUGCUCAGUGAAGGCGUCUGGGCUGUCAGAGCAGAGGAGGAUGGGCCCCAGCCAGCAGCAGCAGACAGCCUGGUCACCUCGGAGCCCAGCAGGGUGGGUGGCUCCCUCCUGAGUGCACCUCCAAGGAACAGCCCAGGUUGAGGUGGGGCCAGGUAGCCCAUGACAUCACCAGGCUUUGGGUUUUUCUGCUGUUGUGGUCUGCAGAGUCAGGCUUAUGUACAUGAAGGCCAUAAUUACAAAGCUCUGCUAAGCACCGUUUUGCUUGUUAACGCUGCAGGGCUGAGGAGGCAGAGACUGUGAGCUAAGAAGACAGAAACAAGUUGCCUUUGUCAGACAUCUGCUAUUGGAAAGUGAACAGCCUUGGUAACAUGAUGGGGAGGCAGAUGGCUCUUCUUUCCUCAUAAUAUCUUCUCUGCUGGACCCCAAAAAUUCUCAACUCUUUCUAAAGUCUACAGACAUUCAUCAUUGUCGCACAGAAGUGUGUUGUCAGAAGUGUUUGUGCCAGGGCCCUGUUGAUUACCACAGGGAAGCCCGUCAUCCUUCUUUACCAUCUUCAUUUUGCCUCUCGUAGGCUCGAGGUCCCUGUUGACAUCAGAGUCAAUUCCCCUAUCCUCCUCCCAGGCUUUGAGGAGCUCAUCUGCCUCUUGCCCUCCUGAAUACCUCACCACUCAUCUUUUAGGGCCCUUCUUGAGUCCACGGAGUCCUCUUCAGCUCCCUGGCACACUGGCUGUCUGAUCCUGUCUCAG